AUGCCUGUCACAUCGUCCACCAAAUUGCCUGAGAGGUCUCGAAAGCCAGAUUACCCUCAGCAUGAUCGAACUCGGGUCCUACGAUCGUCCAGCUUGUCACCCGUGAAGGCUUCGGGGCAUGGUCAAAUGGAGAAGAGGAAUAAGGGGGCCACCAAUUCAAGUUCCACAUUGAAGAAGGCCCCUGAAGAAUCUCUUUGGAUGGGACCUUACUUGGCCAAAAAAUCGGAGGAUACCAAUGUCUGUACACCACCAUUAAAUGACAUGGAUGAUGGCCUCAAAAAUCCUUCCAACAGCGACUUCAUGGAGUAUGACAGUCACAUUUCUUCCCGAGCUUCCAGGACGUCCAUCGGCAGCUGCGAAGCUGAGACAGGUUCCUCCAAUCCUCCCUCUCGUAGGACUUCAUCCGUUCGACCUAGUAGUCCUAAGAAGAGAUGCGCGAGUGCAACUCAAACACUGGAAUCUCCCAUGAAGAAGAACAAGGCUUUGCAGACUUCGGUUACCGUUGAGUCUAGAAGUACCAACUCCCGCGUGCCUGUCACUGACGUUGAAGGUGAUGUUGAAUUACCCCAAUAUCAUGACUGCCAAGAGUACUCCGACGAAACAAGCUCUUCAUCCAGUCAGUAUUCCAAAACGCCUUAUGAGGGAUACCUCGGUUAUGAAAUUGCUCGACCGACUGGAACCACUGUCAUGAUGAAAGACCAUAAUGCUCAGUCUCCCGAUGAAGAACGGGUCGAAGGCUGUUCUCCAGCUCCCCAGGUACACUCAGCAGGUCUUUCAAAUGAAAGAAUUCAAUUAGGUUCUGCAAUAUUCGGAGCAGAUAUGGUUCGGGAAUGGGAGUAUGCAUUGACAAACAUACAGGAUCCAAACGCAAGGGUAGUCAUCAGAGUUGGACGAGACGGACGUGACGAGUAUGUUCGUGAGCCUUACUCUAUAAAAAGAUUUUCUCUUAUUGCGAAAGACAUCAUGGCAGCCGGCCCAACCGCAGAUCCCUUGAAACAGGCCCAAGACGCCUCCGAAGGUCAUUGGCGAGGUAAACAGUUCCUACUUCUGGUUGAUAUGGCGAAAGUGACAGUCAUGAACGAUAGUCGUGCAUACACUGUUUUCAUGCGUAUUCGAAGCAAGAAGCUUCUGAAAGAUCGUCUCGAGACAUUCCGAUGUCUCGCAUGCCAUCCAGGCUACACUCGAUCAUCUAUGGAGGAGCAACGAUUGUACAAGCAGAACCUCAUCUACUUCUUCGACAAAAGAUUCACAAAUCAGAUGCGCGUAUUGACUGGGAGCCGACCACUUGGGGUCUUUCUUCGUCUGGGUCGUGAUUAUGCUUUCAGGGGCGAAGACGGUCUUGAUACUGGUGGCGAACAGGGUGAUGCUAUGGUCAAGAGAAACGUUCUCAACUGGUCUAAAGCCAUAGGAUCAAAAAACUCGACAGAUAAGAUCGUUUACGGCGGCAUAUCCUUAGAUGGCACCGCUUUAUGUGAUUUACCUGCGAGCGCCCUGGAACAAGAACUCCGCAAAUAUCGCGAGGGCAUUGAGGAGUGCAUACGUCUCGAGCAAGAAUUGAGCUCUGGAAAGAAAGGAAAGAAUGGAGUUAGUGCGAGUGUCACUGAAAUCCACAUCUGA